UUGGUAAGUGCCGUAGAACAUUCCACUGCAAUUAUCUUCUUUAUUUUAGUUGAAUCAUAUGAAUUUCGUAGUCGCAGAGUAACUUCUGAAUUUCUCAACACAGAAUGCCGUUGGCUUCGUCACGUCAUUUAUUAUUUUACUGAACGACUAAAAGAUCUUCGAAUUCUAAAGGACUAUAAACCUGAUUCCCUUAACAGAAGUGGCAUUGAUGCAGCGUUUCGUGCACACAUGUUCGGUUGGAUGCUUAAGGUCCAACUGUACAUGGGCAUUCCAAAUGAAGUCUUGCAUCUCGCGACAACCUAUGUGGAUCGCUACAUAUGGCGGACAGUUACAGGGUCUGGUGAGUGUCAAUUGCUUGCUGAUGCGGCUCUGUGGGUGGCUAUUAAGACGUCGACAGCAAAGAUAUGGAUAAAGCCUGAGUACAUGUGCAAGAUGGCCAGAUAUAGCUUCAGCAAAGAGCAGCUAAUAUGCAUGGAGGAGAACCUGUUGAAUGUUCUUGAUUUUGGAGUUUAUUGUCCAACUCCGUACACUUAUCUCGAGAUCUUCUUGGACAUUGGCAAUGACAUUCCACCCUACUGCACCCGACUAGUGAAGUCGGCAUGUGCCUAUAUUCUUGAUAUGGGUCUGGUGGAGUAUAAGCUCACGCAGUUUCCAGCAUUCCUCCGUUGUUUGGCCGCUAUUUAUCUCAUCCGUCUCAUCCUCCGAGUCAAUGGUCAUAUUUUGCAAGGAGGGCGUUUGAACCCAUGUGAGGAAAAUUUUCACGAGUUUAGCGCUCUUCCUCCUCUGCCCGAUGACUUAAAGGUGGUUACUGGCUAUUCAGAGGAAAGCGAUCUUCCAUCAGUUGCUUUUAUUUAUGCCACACUGGUGCAAAAAGCCAAAGAAUUUUUAGCUCCAAGAUCUACAUAUCCCACCGAGCUGUUGGUAAGGCUUGAUGUAAUUGUAUAA